AUGGAUAUUUUGUGGCAAUACCAGUUCAGGAUCAUCCUGCUCGGGGACUCCACGGUGGGGAAGUCGUCGCUGCUGAAGCGCUUCACGGACGGGAUCUACAGUGAUGUGGCGGAUCCCACGGUCGGCGUGGAUUUCUACGCCCGCUCCCUCGACAUCGAACCCGGGGUGAAGAUAAAGCUGCAGCUCUGGGACACGGCAGGCCAGGAGCGCUUCAGGUCCAUCACGACCUCGUACUACCGUAACUCUGUUGGCGGGCUGCUCGUCUUUGACCUCACCAACCACAAAACCUUUGAGCACGUGAGGGAGUGGCACAAGGAGGUGAGCGAGCACAUCCUGCCCCACCACAUGGUCUACAUCCUCAUCGGCCACAAGAGCGACCUGAACAAGGACCGCAAGGUGACGCGGGACGAGGCGGAGCAGCUGGCGGCCGAGCUGGGCAUCCGCUACGUGGAGACCUCGGCCAAGUGCAACAGCAACGUGGACCGCGCUUUUGAGCUGCUGACCAGAGACAUCUACGAGCUGAUGAAGAUGGGGGAGAUUGUCACGCGCGACGGGUGGGACGGCGUGAAGAGUGGCCUCACCGCCAAGGUCCUCUACCCGGCUGACGAAGAGGAGGAGCUGGCGACUGCGUCGGCCGAAAAGGGCUGCCACUGCUGA